AUGUCCCAUUACAACUCUGAUCAUAACUCCGAUUACAGCGAUUGUUCCGAAAAAUAUUCAAGGAUUCGAAGAUAUAAGUUCACCGAAGAAGAGGAUCAACGCCUGAGCCAACUUGUUUCUAUUUAUGGUGUUAAAUCAUGGGGAACAAUCGCAUCGAUGAUGCAAGGAAGGUCAAGUAGACAAUGCAGAGAUAGAUGGAAUCAUUAUUUAUCUCCAUUCGCCAACAAUGAAGAAUGGAAUAGUGAAGAAGACCUUAUCAUUAUCGAACAAUUAAAGCUUGUUGGAAAGCAAUGGACAUACAUAUCAUCUCUCCUAGCUGGUAGAACUAGUAUUGCUGUAAGGAAUCGAGCCUGCAAGCUUUCACGUAAAAAGGAUGCAGAUCCUCUAAUUAAAAAUCUUCUUAAGGAUGAGUACAAAAAGAAGAACCAUAAGCAGGAAGAUGUUGAUCGUAUAGAAUCCCCAACUAAGCCAAAACUAGAAGAGAAUUCGAGAAUCAUCCUUCCACCAUGCGAUGAUCUUCUCAAAAUCGCAAAUGUUAGCAUGCCACAGCCAUUCACCUUCGAUCGCAAUGGCUUUUCUUUUCCGAUUUGCUGCGCAGUAUAA